UGGAACGUAACUCGAGUGUAUACAAUCUGACUGGACCAGGAAGUAACAUACAACUCGCUGUAAAUUCUCAAUACAUGGAAAUAAUAAUAUAAUUUUCACGUGUUUUUGGAAUGGAGCGAGAGACGUGGACAGUAUCGGCUCUUAAAGCCCUCAGAUAUGACAGUAAUCUCUGUAUGACACGGUGUGAAUGUGAUGAACUUCCAUGUCCACUGAUUUCCUGGUUGGUGAUGGAGCUGAGAAAAAGCUGUCCAGAACUUGGAGGAAACAGUGGCACGGUUCUGGCUGGGGAACUGAAAGAGAUCUUGAAAGUCACCGUGUACCCUUAUGACACGCUCAGCGCAGAGACUCUGACCCCCGUUCAUCUCAAAAGGAUAACAGAGUUCCUUGUGUCCGAGUUACAAGCAGCACAUAUGCUGAAGUACAAAGAGUGCAAUCCGGAAGACUCUGAGCCUCUGAGUGAGUCAGGCAAAGAGCAACGACGGAGAAAAUCGAUUACAGAUACUGACAAUGAGACUCCGUUAGAUGACAAAGAAGUAAUGAAGGAAUUGUCAGCGCUGUUUAAGGCCCUGGAUAUGGAUCCAGCCUCACAGUUCAGUGAUGUCUACUCACAGGUGGAGUUACAACUAGCGUCGCUCCCAGAGGGUGAAGUGCAAAAGCCGUUGCUAAAGACAAAUCUGAAUUCUACACAAUGGAGCGCUCUGAAUCAGAUUAACCAAGCUCUCUGCAAGGACUACAAGUCCCGUCGGCAGAUGAUGAUCAAACGCUUCCACGUCACACUCCAGUCGUUUGCAUGGGGAGAGCGAGGAAAGGAGCGCAGUGCUCUGAUGUCCACUAUACCCAUGUUUCCACUGUCGCUCGAGUCUUCUUUUUCCAUUGCGCUGUUACUAGCAGCUCGAGAAGAUCAGUCUUGCAUUCUGCCCGUGACUGCAGGACCAUCAACAGCCAUUCACAAGAUGCUGAUGGGUAGCGUGCCAGAUAGAGGAGGUCGACCCGGAGAGAUCGAACCUCCCAUGCCAUCUUUCACUCGCCGUAGUGAAGGAGGUGAUGGUCAGAGACGUGAAAAGAAUAAAUUCAAGAGACGGGAGCACUCUGGGAAAAAAGCAAAAAACAAGAAUAGAUAGCAACCUUGUGUAAUAAUCAGAAUAAUUGCAGGCUGUUAUGUUGUAUACAAUCUAAUAUUCUGCCUGUUUAACUGACUACAUAUAAAUGUGCACUAUGGAGAUUUAUACUACAAUUUUCUUCAAUGUUUGAGCUGUUAUAUUGUUAUAUACAAAUUUAAACACUAUAAUUUAAUUCAUUUAAGAACUAUUAUAUUUUACCAUGUGACAUUUCUGACAUUGCACUAUGUUGUAAUACUUUAAUUUGGCCCAGGAAGGGAAAAUCAUGGAUUAUUCUUAAACGUAAUCCUGCUGUCUUUAUUUAUUUAGCAAUAUCACUGACAUGCAAGUGUCCAUUCAGUUUAAAAUUUCAUUUCAGUCUUGCAAUGAGAAUGUUAUAAGCAAGUGGAAACCGGCUACUAAGAGAGCAAGUCCAAGCCUACUUUUUUUGUUUGUUUAUUUAAUUUUUAUUAUAAGGGAAAUAUCCUAUUCAGCUGUAGGCAUGUUUUAUUUAAAGUCCUGUUUCUAGAUUUCUUGCUUUUUUUUUAUUAGUGUAAAGAAAAGAGGAGUUUCUGUGGUUGUGGUGUUGAAAUGGUUAAAGGGAAUGUUUGGUCUGGUCACCAAGGGCAACCUGUCUAAAUAAAACCAGCAGCAACUUUCCAAUGUCA